CAUCUUUUCCCCUUGAUAGAAACUUACCUUCUGUCUUCUUUCUCUAUCUCACCCCAUAAUUUAUGCCUCCAUUGCCCUCGAAUCUCUCUAACAACAUAAAUAAAGACUUCACAGUUCACCCACUUCAUUUCUCUGCUCAUUUGUGUCAGCUUGCUGCAGAAGUUCCAGUUAUGCUCCUUAAAAUUAACUAUAUCUAGCUUUCUGAUAUCCUUCUUCUUCUGCUAGUCUUUGUAUUGUCUGACAUUCUCUGAAACUAAAAUUUACAAGAUUGUUCAUGCUUUAGUCUGCAGCUUCAUCCAUGGCUUCUCUUGGGAACCCCAGAAGUUGGGUUCCAUACAUGAACAAUAAAGACUGUUCUCAAGGCUUCUGUAGUCUGUACUGUCCACAAUGGUGUUACAUAGUGUAUCCUCCUCCUCCUCCCUUUGAAUUUCCCGAAGACAAUUCAAGCCCCAAUUUUUCACCUCUGGUUAUAGCAGUCAUUGGAAUCUUGGCCAGUGCUCUUCUUCUUGUGAGCUACUAUACCAUAAUCUCCAGGUACUGUGGCAACCCAGAAUCUGCAGAUAGACAGCAUCACGACCCUUCCAGUGAUGAGUUGGAACAAUUUCACGAUCGUUCCCUUCAUGAACCAUGGCACGCAUCACGUAAUGGUUUAGACGAGGCUCUGAUCAAGUCCAUCACAGUUUGUAAGUACAAGAAAGAAGAUGGGUUAGUGGCAGUAUCAGAUUGCUCUGUUUGUCUCAGUGAGUUCAAAGACGAUGACAGUAUCAAGCUCUUGCCAAAGUGUAGCCAUGCUUUUCAUAUCCCUUGUAUUGACACGUGGCUCAAAUCUCACUCCUCUUGCCCUCUCUGUCGUGCCAGUAUCUUCACCUUCAACGGUUCAGCUCUUCUGGCAUCUGAUUCCACGAUGGAGAAUUCAACUUUCCAGGAAAAUCAACCCGGGAAUGAUAACAAUGAAGUGGUGGGUUUAGCAGUGGAAGAAGAAAGUGAAGUAACCAUACAACGCGGUACAGCUCCGAAGCCUACAUUGCGUGCUAUGAGCGAUUUGGGGAAUUUGCAGGGAAGGCAUAAUGUGAUUGAGAUUAAAGAUGAAGAAGACGUUGAACCGUUUAGAAGGUCAGUUUCUAUGGACCAUUCAUUUCAAAGUGGCAACCGAGUAGAAGAAGAAGGCUCUGUUAAUGAAGCAGGUCCAUCAAAGAGAUCUCGAGGAGAAAGCAUCAAAUCUAACAGCAGAAGAAGCAUGUUGCAGUGUGUAUUGAGUCCGAUUGUGAUGAAGAGAUCGUUUUCAAGUGGGGGAUUCUCUAUCAGCAGAGGAAGGCAAGGGAUAAUCCCUAUCUGAUAGUUAAUUCCCUUGAUCUUUUUCUCAUUCUUUUCACGAUGAUGAGAUUGUAUGUGAAGAAGAUCUUACAUUGAAUGUAUUGAAUCUGUUCCGUGUAUAAUACAUAGUGAAGAAACUCGUUCAAUUAUUAGUGUACCUUCAUUGGUUUGUAUUUUGAUCAGAGACGGUGUUGCUGGUU